AUGGAUAAAUGCUUGGACGUCCCCAGGAUCGUGGACAACAUAGCACGACUUGUCUAUGGCAAUGAAGACGAUGCUAGAAGGCCGCGAAAUGCUGCAUCACUAGCGCGGACCUGUCGUGCCUUCCAUCAGCAUACGAACGAUCUCUUAUGGCAAUACCAGAGCCACCUUGCGCCCUUGCUCAAGUGUCUACCGAAGGAAACCUGGGUGGUCAAGUACCCGCGCAAGCCGACACGAGAGGCCGGUGGUAUCCGUAACGGUAUUUUGACGAUCACGAGACGACCCAUCGGAGAUGAAUGGGAGAGAAUGGACACAGCCGCCAAACGAAUCAAGGGGCUUUGUCUGGACGUGGAAUGGCAGCGAGAACACAGUGUACCAAUGGUACGCCUCGAUCUCGACAAAUGCCUCCCCAUUCUUCAAAGGCGCUACAGUCGACGGCCCCUACUACCAAAUCUCAAGUGGCUCGACUGCAGGCUUCAGCCGGGAGCGACGUACGAGUUUUUACAACUCUGCCUUUCACCUUCGAUCGAACGCCUACACAUCGUCGCGGACCGUUAUACCUACCAAAAGUGCAUCGAAGACGCGGUCGAUAUGUCCUGCUGCGUUGGCGAGGACGUGCCAGGACUCGCUGUCUUCUGCGGUCUCCCGCCCCACCCCGACAUCCUCUCUAUUACUUCUCUUUGGGGACUAAAAGAAAUCCGUAUGUAUCUACCGCUCCUCGCAGUGCGGCCACGAGCCAUGAUGCAUACUCUGGCGUGGCUUCCGGAGCUGAAGGACCUGAUCCUCUUCAACGGCGGGAGGAACUGGGGCCUUGCGGAAGUGGACAUCGCCGCCACUCCGGAUAAGUUUCCUGCUUUGAAGAACCUCUGCAUGUAUCCCUACGACCUGGAGAGUGGGCUAGCUGUUAUGCGUGCCGCAGCUUGGGCACCUCUGGAGUACGUCAAAGUCGUAUACACCGGCAAUUGGAAUGAUCAGGACGCGACGCAGCCAAGCUACACCGCCCUGGCGAACUUCCUCGCUGCCUGUGGGGGAAACCGGCUACGCCGCCUGAGGACAGUCAUCAUCCGCGCGCUAGUGCCUCCUCAACAUGAAGACAGGCCGAAAGUUGUGGACAUGCUGACGGUCAAAUCGCUCUGCGGCCUGAAGCAUCUGCAGCAGUUGCACCUAUGCCUCCCCUGCGCGUUCGAAUUCGACGAUGGGGACAUGCUCAAGAUGGCGCUGUCUUGGCCUGACCUCCGAAGCCUACGUCUUGGGUGGCGUGCAUGGGUGUGGGCGAGAAUUAGCAUCAGCCUCAAAGGCCUUGCGUCCCUCGCGUUACAUUGUCCUAACCUCCAGCACCUCAGGCUAGUCUUCCACACGAUGUCCAUCGCGAAGCAAGACUUCACACACGUCUCGAGCUCGUGCAAGCUCAAGACGCUGCAAGUGGGCAACUCACUGAUCACGGACCCGCACGCCGUCGCGUUGUUCUUCGAGCGCGUCUUCCCCAACUUGGUAGAUGUUAAAGCGAACAAGGACGUCUGGGGCGAUCAGAAGUGGGCACGGGUGUAUUGGAUCACAUCGGAGAGAAGGAAGAGGCGUCAGCGAGAUCGCAAGGGCCCCGAGCAAGCUACGGAUGUAGUACUGUUACACGACGAGAUCUGGACUGAGCUUGAGGCGGACAUUUUCGAAUAG